AUGGAGCUGGAGCUCAAACCAGGCGGCGGCGGAAUCCGAGCAGUUUCCCUCUCGAGCGAGUCCCCGGAGGCCGACCUCGGAAGCGGCGACCUGGCCCCGCCCGCCGACCGCACGGUCUCGCGCCGCCACGUGUCGCUCCGCCUCGUCGGCGGCGGGGAGCCCAGGGUCGCCUUCGAGGUCGUGGGCAGGAACCCCGUGGUCGUACGCUCGUCGGGUGUCGGCGAAGGCAAGGUGUACCGCUGCGGCGAGGCGGGCGAGCUCUGGGCGGGGGACGGGCUGUCCCUGUCGCUCAGGGCGCCGUCGUUCUGGACGGUGCGGAGGCCGGAUGUGAAAGGGGAGGUGGAGGUGGAAACCGCGGUGCUGGACGCGGUGGCGAGGCGGGAGAAGCGGACGCGGGAGAGGAAGGAGAAGGAGAGGGAGAGGCGAGCGGUGCAGGAAGCCAUGGAGGUGGCUGAGGAGGAGGUGGAGGCGGGUGUCGGCCAUGAGGAGUUGGAUGAGGAGUUGGAGGAUCUGAAAAUUGAUCUCGAAAAUGUCGACCCGGUCCAAGAAUUCGGGUUUUUGUCGAUGGGCCAUGAAUUUGAUAAUUACCCCAAGGGUAGGAUUCGUGCACCCAAGGAUUGGAACUGGUUUUUGGAGGAAAUAAGGAAGAACAGUGAUGAUGAAGAUGAUGACGAUGUUAGUAACACUGGACAUAAAUCAAGGGGUGGUGGUGGUGUGAACAAGAAGAAGCAGAAAAAGGGAGAGGAUGAAGAUGAAGAGUGGACUGAUGAGAGCGAGGAUGGAAAAGACUCCCAGCAGAGUGGCCCUAGUGUGAAGAGACCAAAAAAGUAUGUAACAAGAUCUAAAGAAGCGAAAAAACCUCGCAAGGAGAGCUCUAAAACAGAAAAUAAGGAUGCUGCAGAUGAAGAUGACGAGACAGAGGAAGAGGAUGAGGAAGAUGAGACGCUGGGAGGUUUUAUAGUCAAAGAAGAGGAUGAGCCUAUGGAAGAGCUGAGUGAGGAAGAAGAGGAGGAAGAAGAAUUCGAUGAUGAAGAUGAAGACGAUUGAUAACACAUCGAUAGCCCUUCUCUGCUUUCAUGUAGGAUGUAAUGCAAGUGUUGACAAGUUGCAUUGUCACAUACUCUUCUGAGUCUGUGUACAUAUUGUG